UAGAUAACUUUCAAAAUGUCAAAAGGCGUAUCUGAAGCCGCAAAUCUGUCGAUAAUUUUGUGACUGCAGUUUCAUGUUGUACAAAAGGACACUGAUGAGCAGAGUUAACUGGGGAAGUCCUGCUUGAAGUUGUCAACAUGAUGAACAUGGAGUGCAUGAAUAUGCACAUGUACUUUGUCUCUGGGCCGAACAUCACUUGCUUCCUGUUCAAAGGCUGGACUACACAUGGAGAUAUUUCCGGUGUUGCAGUGAUCUGUGUGGCUGUGAUGGCUGUUUGUAUCUUGCUGGACACUCUGAAGACACUAGUGCUCUAUCUGCAUGUGAAGUCUGGACAGAACCCACUGACCAUCUCCCAGACCAAUGACAACGUCCAGGACCGAUCUCCAUUACUGUCCUCAUUGAUAAUCCCUGCCAACAUUACAGAGAUCAAGAGGAGAAGGCUUAAGUUCCAUGUAGUAGAGACCUUAAUACACAUACUGAACACAGCCUUAGCCUACACAAUCAUGUUGGCAGUGAUGUCUUACAGCUUAUGGGUGGGGCUUUCAGUUGCUGUGGGUUCUGGCAUCAGUUAUUACAUCCAUGGGGCUGUGCGGGCUUCCAUCCAAUCACAGUCCUCAAAAAGAAUCAUUACCCAUUCACCAGAUUCAAGCAGAAACGAAGUGCCUUCAUUGUGUGGACGGGUCAUGUCAUAACAAGAUUAUGGGUUAUGUGGUUACUUCCCUUAGUUAGCCUGAAUGCAUGAUAAGAUACAUCCAGUUGGGAUGUUUUAAGGGUUGUUUCCCCUGAGCGUAUUCUCUUGCUGGGAAGGAGUGAAAAGCUUUUUAUUUUUUCACUGAAUUACACUGUAUAUGUAUUUUCAUUCCAAAAACUGCAGUGUACAGA